AUGCGGGAUGCAAUAAUUCAACUUCUGUUUGAGUUUAAAGAUGUGUUUGCUUGGUCAUACGAUGAUAUGCCAGAAUUGAGUGUCGAUCUAGUGGUGCAUAAAUUGCCAAUUUACCCUGAUUGUCCUCCGGUUCAGCAGAAACAAAGAAAGUUUAAGACUGAUAUCAGUGAUAAGAUCAAAGAAGAAGUCACAAAACAGUUGAAAGCAGGGGUAAUCCGGGUGGUCCAGGAUACUAUGUGGCUGGCUAAUGUAGUUCCCGUGCCAAAGAAAGAUGGGAAAACCCGGGUGUGUGUGGAUUACCGAGAUUUGAAUAGGGCAAGAUAUCACCAGGUGUUGAUGAAUGAAGAAGAUGCCGAGAAAACAGCUUUCACUACACCCUGGGGCACUUAUUAUUAUCGGAUAGAGGUGUAUGUGGACGACAUGAUUAUCAAGUCCAGAACUCAGGAUGAUCAUGUUCGAGACAUGAGGAAAUUUUUCGAAAGGUUACGCAAGUAUGAUUUGAAGCUGAAUCUGGCUAAAUAUGCCUUCGGAGUCCCAUCAGGCAAACUUCUGGGCUUCAUAGUCAGCAGGAGAGGUAUCGAGUUAGAUCCAACAAAGAUAAAGGCUAUCCGAGAUCUACCUCCUCCGAGAACUAAGAAAGACGUGAUGAGUUUAUUGGGCAGGUUAAAUUAUGAAUAUCUGUCGAACCCUCCAGUUUUGGUCCCACCAGAGUCUGGGCGACCUCUUUUCUUGUAUCUGACAAUGUUGGAGAAUUCUUUUGGUUGUGUCCUCGGGCAACAUGAUAUAGCCGGCAAGAAAGAUCAAACGAUUUACUAUCUGAUGCGCACAUCGGUAGGAGCAACACCGUAUUUGCUGGUUUAUGGAACCGAGGCUGUGCUACCUGCAGAGGUGGAAAUUCCUUUGCUCCGGACAAUUGUUGAAGCAGAGAUCGAAGAUAGUGAAUGGGUUAAAACUCGAUUGGAACAAAAAAUAUUGCCCAGAGGAGCAUUAUACUUGGGUGACAUUGAAGGAAACGAUCCCGAAGCAGCUGUGAACGCGGAUGCAGUAAAAAGUUUACUUAUACAUUUACAUUUUUUUGUNUUGAAUCUGGAGGAAUCAUUUUCUAUUCAUGCUGGAAUAGCACACACUCGGUGGGCCACACAUGGGGAGCCUGCUCCUCGGAAUAGUCAUCCUCAGUCCUCUGAUGCUAGGAAUGAAUUUCUGGUUGUUCACAAUGGUGUUAUCACCAAUUAUGAGGUGUUAAAACAGACCCUUGUCCGUCAAGGUUUCACCUAUGAAUCUGAAACAGACACAGAAGUAAUUCCAAAGCUAGCAAAAUUUGUUUUUGAUAAAGCUAAUGAAGAAGGUGACCAGAGCGUGACAUUCAGUCAAGUUGUGCUUGAAGUAAUAAGGCAUCUGGAAGGAGCGUAUGCUCUCAUAUUCAAAAGCCGACAUUACCCCAAUGAAUUGAUUGCUUCCAAGCAUGGUAGUCCACUGCUUCUUGGUGUGAAAGAUGGAGGUGUAUCAAUUUUAAAGUUAGACAUGGCUAAGAAUAACCGCGGUGGUACUCUUAGUCGGCCUGUUUCUGUUCAACGUGCCCUGUCAAUUCUUGAGAUGGAGGUGGAGCAGAUAAAUAAAGGAAAAUAUGAGCAUUACAUGCAAAAAGAAAUUCAUGAGCAACCAGAAUCUGUGACUACUACGAUGCGAGGGAGGCUUAUUCGUGGAGGAUCAUCUAAAGCAAAGACUGUUCUUUUGGGGGGCCUAAAGUAUCACCUCAAAACUAUACGGAGGAGCAGAAGGAUUGUUUUUAUUGGGUGUGGCACAAGUUGCAAUGCAGCUUUAGCUGCAAGGUCCAUUGUGGAAGAGCUCUCUGGUAUUCCUGUAACCAUGGAGAUUGCCAGUGACUUGGUGGAUAGACAGGGACCAAUAUAUAGAGAAGACACAGCUGUCUUUGUUAGUCAAUUGGGAGGAACUGCUGACACUUUGCUUGCACUGGAGUAUGCUUUAGAAAAUGGCGCAUUAUGUGUUGGCAUUACAAACACUGUUGGUAGUGAAAUUGCUAGGCGUACCCACUGCGGUGUUCAUAUAAAUGCGGGCUGUGAGAUAGGAGUGGCCAGUACAAAGGCAUAUACGAGCCAAAUCAUUGUGAUGGCUAUGUUGGCUCUUGCAAUCGGAGGUGACACACUCUCGAAUCAAGCAAGAAGAGAAGUAAUAAUAGAUGGUCUAGUUGACUUGCCAUGUAAGGUGAAAGAAGUACUCAAGCUUGAUAACGAAAUAAAAGAUCUUGCUAAGCUACUGAUUGCUGAGCAAUCGCUUCUUGUAUUUGGAAGAGGUUAUAACUAUGCAACAGCUCUUGAAGGUGCUUUGAAGGUAAAGGAGGUAGCACUGAUGCACAGUGAAGGAAUACUUGCUGGCGAAAUGAAACAUGGUCCGUUGGCUUUAGUCGAUGCAAAUCUCCCUAUUGCAGUAAUUGCCACUCGUGAUGCUUGUUUCAGCAAACAGCAAUCCGUCAUUCAGCAGCUUAAUGCAAGGAAAGGCCGACUGAUAGUAAUGUGCACAAAAGGAGAUGCAGCAUCUGUUUCUGUUGGUGGAUCCUGUAGAGUAAUUGAAGUUCCUCAGGUUGAGGACUGUUUGCAGCCUGUAGUUAACGUCGUUCCGUUACAGUUAUUGGCAUAUCAUUUGACUGUUCUACGUGGACACAAUGUUGAUCAACCUCGCAAUCUUGCAAAGAGUGUGACAACCCAGUGAGCUGCAUGUUAACCUUCAGCUCACCUUGCGACAGUUAGGCAAGCAAGGUGGAACUCAACCAUUUUUGAGUCUUCUGCUAUGUUAAUACCAUUUGACGACAAGAAUUUGAUGGACAUGGAUCAGUGCACCUUUGGCAUUUGUGUCGUUUUUCCACAGGUGAUAUUGACCCCAAUAUAUUUAUUUCAAUAUGCGACGUUGGUAACACAUUUAAGUAUUUAGCCGAGCCAUGCUCUACUCUGUUUACUUGGUGUUAUUAACAUUUGCUUCUGUAUUGUCCUGUUGAGAAGCAGUUAUAGAAUCGAGCUAAUGUUAUAGAUUAAGAAAUUUUUAAGGGUAGACAAGGAGCAUGUUGUGAAAAAUCUCACAAUUCAUCUGUUUAACUCUUAUUUUGUUAAUAUUGUAAUGUGGAUACAAUGAGAGCAUUUGUAUCUCAAGAGUUUAUCUCGGCACAAGUGUCCUGUGAUGUUCGCAAUUUUACUUGUAUGUUCGGAUUCGGCCCAGAAACUGCUUUAAUACAUUAUGAAUACAGGUCUUUAAUAAAGUCAAAGGAGAUCACAGAAGCUACAAGAGAAGUGAGAGAGUGCUUUGCAGAAGAGAAGGUGAUAAUGUUGAGGCUGAUAUGAGUUACAGUACUAAUCUUGUACUCCCCCUAGUGCUGGGUUUUCCAUCCUAUAUACCUAUGUCUAAUAGGUUUGUGUA